AUGGCUUUUAGUGUGAGCAGCGACAGACAAGGAAGUGGUUUCAUAUUUACUGGAACCUACGCGCACUCACUCUCACCAGAACAAUUGAAAAUUGUAAAUGGACUAAUUGCAGUACUAGAUGGCAAAAUUGUAGCUGCAGAAGAAUCACCCUGCGACAAAGAUGCAGUAAUUGCAUCUAUAAAAUCCAAGUAUCCAGAUAUAAAAUGGGAAACUGUGACGCUGAAGCCGGGACAAUUUCUGUGUCCAGGUUUUAUAGACCUGCACGUGCAUGCUCCACAGUUCCCCAAUGCAGGUCUUGGAUAUGACUUGCCACUAUUGGAUUGGCUGCAGAAGUACACCUAUCCUUGCGAGCAGAAGUAUAGCGAUGUCAAGCAUGCUAAAUAUGUAUACAAAAAUGUCGUGGAUAAAAUGCUCAGAUGUGGUACAACCACCGCUUGCUAUUUUGGUACAAUCCAUCGAGAAAGUACAUUGGAAUUGGCAAAAGCAGUUGCCUUGGCCGGACAAAGGGCUUUUAUUGGCAAGGUCAACAUGAAUUUUGGUUGUCCAAAAAAUUACAGCGAGACUCUUGAAGAAUCUCUGGAAGAAACCAACAAGUUUAUCAGUGAGGUUUCGGAAUUGAAGAAUCCAUUGGUGAAGCCAAUAAUCACGCCGAGAUUUGCAGUUACAUGUGACUCGAAAUUGAUGGCUGAGCUUUCAAAAAUAGCCAAGGCCAAUUCGCUUCAUGUACAAACACAUAUUUCGGAGAACGCAAGUGAAGUAGAGUUUGUGAAGAAGCUUUUCGAUGGCAAAAGUUACACUGAUGUCUACGAUCAGGCAGGCCUUUUAACGAAUCGGACUUUGCUUGCUCAUGGCAUAUAUCUGAGUGAUUCUGAGCUGGACUUGAUUCGAGAAAGAGGGUGCACAGUCGUUCAUUGUCCCAAUUCAAAUGUGAGCCUCAAAAGUGGAAUCUGUAGAGUACGAAGACUGCAAAAGCACAAUGUCAAUGUCGGCCUAGGAACAGAUGUUUCAGGAGGCUACAGUGCAUCAAUGCUGAACUGCAUGAGAUCGGCUAUAGAUGCUUCAAUCGUUACAUUCUUCCAAGACAGCCAGAGUUCACCUUUAACAUACAACGAUGUAUUUUACAUGGCUACCACUGGAGCCGCAAUUGCUCUUGGAAUGGAAAACAAAAUAGGAAACUUCAAAGUUGGCAAGAAAUUCGAUGCUCUUUUGAUAGACAUGAGUGAAGAAAUCUCGUUGUUCAAUUCUGAUGAUUCAUUGAGUAACAGCGAGAUUUUUCAAAAGUUUCUCUAUACUGGAGAUGAUCGAAAUAUUUCUUCAGUGUAUGUUAAUGGAGUUAUGGUAAAGAGUGAUGCAACAUCAAACUGAUAUUCUUGAACAGUGCAAAUUAGCGAAUAUCGCUCUAUAUUACAGAAUUAUUUUAUAUACCUACAUUUUUUCUAUAAAUCGUUAUAUUUAUGAAAUUUGAUUCAUUUUUGUAUUCUGGAAUACAGCUUAUCUAUAUAUUAUUUACAAAGAGGUUGAAAAGACACGCAAAUGUAAAUGAACCUCUAUGUAAAUAGCAUCAAAUGAAGUACCUACAUCGAAUUCGGAUAUCAUUGAACUGGGCAUUUUCCACAUUAAAUGAUUUGAUGAGGCAUGAAGAACCUUCUGGAAACCAUGAACUAAAAGAACCAUGUCUAGUGCGAAAGUGAUUAAAAAAGGGAGAAACUUUCAUUACCGUAAAAAAUCUCGAUAUUAUAUUUUCAAUUAGUAGAAUAAUUUGUGUUUUGGUAGAACACUUGAGUUUGUCUUAUACUUAUGUCAGUAAAGGGUAAUGGGAAUACGUCGUCGACUGUGAAAGAGACAAGUAGGCUAUGUGGUAUCUCAAAUGUUUAUCAAUUUCACAGAAUUAAUAGUAAAGGACCCUUGCGAUCAUCAGUAGAGAAAAAUUCAAAAAUGAAUACCAAGAAAGUCAGAAAUAACUCCCACCCACUCAACGGAAUGUCGCUCCCCUCAGAUUCAGCACCCAGACCCGCAAUAAAGGGCAAAAGGUCGCCAAUAGUUCUGUGGCCUAGUGCAAGAAAUACCUAUUUUAUUUCAUUAUUUCUUUAUUCAUAAAUUUGUACAUUGUAUACAAUGAAUAGUGUCAUAAAUAUAUAUCUUUGAUUAGAUACAAUUAAAAAUAAAAUACAUAACAAAUAAAAUAUCUACAGAAUACAACAAUACAAUAAAAUUCAACUCAUAGGAGCUGAUCUCAUUCAUUCAAAUAUUCUUCGAUAUUAUAAAGAGCUCUUCCAGUUAAAUAUCUCUUACCUAUGUUAAAAUACCAACUUUCUCACAAAUCAGCUUGAAAGUUCAGCUUGUAUUUUCGAACUACGGAAUUUCGAUAAGGAAAUGCGAGUGCUAGAAGUGCAGAAGUACUUUACAUUGGUAGUUCUGGCACGGAGUAUGAAUGGCAAUCUAAAAGCCUAUGUCUUCAUUGGUAGUUUUCGCUCUCUUCGAGUGGAAUAACUAAAUCAUGACAUUGGUAGUAAAAAUUUAUAACUUUUUAUUGCUUAGGACAUUGGCACUUCUGGAACUGAAAAUAAUCGAUAUUAGUGAUGUAUUAAACUCAUUAAAAAAAAAAAACAUUGGUAGUUUUUGAGCCACAGAAUUAUGUGUAGUAGAUACCCCGGCCAAAAAAUGCCGACAGGUGUUAUGUAAUGAAACCUAUGAAUGAGAAAUAAGAUAUCCCACAUAACUGAUCGACUUCCAAUCGACAAGGUGACAAAUACGAUUGAAUGAACCCACGUUGGGUGAGGGAAAAAUAGAGCCAACUGGAGGGAAAACUUGAGUGGAAGAAUCUACGCUAGAAGAAAGUAAGGGUUUAUUGAAGAGGCCCGUGUUACAUAAUGAAAUGGACGCAUCUUAACAUAAACAACUAAUUGUGAACAAAUACUAACCAUAUCCUGGCAUAAAAGAGGGAACUGAAAUGGCGAAAUGAAGGAGGGAAUUGAAUUUCCUUUGUUCCCCUAAAAAAGAUAAAUUUGUAUUGUUAUCCUUUGUAUAUUUUUUAUUUUUCCUGUGAUAAAUUUCUAGACGGUGUAGAUAGAUGUAGUGGUGUGUAUCAUAAAUGUUGAGUGAGGAACUUUGACACACUGUCUUGCUUGUUGCUCUCCUCUGGGCAGAUCUGUCUACUUGUCAGAUCAAAAUCUAACAGCAGAUACUAUUACAGAUUAUUAUUCAACUCAUAGAAAUUUAUGUUGCAAGUACUUCAGGUGAUGCUAUUGUACUUACAGAAAGGUAUGGUUGCGUGUGCGCAACCUUUUGAUCUCUCUGUUUAUUGUUAUCUCAAUAUAACCUUGAAAAUAAAGAAAUAUAUAGUUAUAUAAAAGAUAAAGAGUUAAACUUCUCGAUAUUUUAAAAAUUAUUCCUGUUUAACCUUACAUAACCAGACCUUUUUUAUAAAUA